GGUAAGUGACGCAACAGACGCUGCAUAAAUACUGGCUCGCGCCGCCGCAGCGCUCAGUGACGAGAGGCUUUGUCCACUGGGAAGCUGUUUGCGUCUAGGUGUUUGUACGCGCUCGGCGGUUUGUGGGCUCAACACAUUCGCUAGCAGGUCAAAAUGCAAAUCUUCGUGAAGACUCUGACCGGCAAGACCAUCACCCUAGAGGUGGAGCCCAGUGACACCAUCGAAAACGUCAAGGCCAAGAUCCAGGAUAAGGAGGGCAUCCCCCCCGACCAGCAGCGACUCAUCUUUGCAGGCAAGCAGCUGGAAGAUGGCCGCACUCUUUCUGAUUACAACAUCCAGAAAGAGUCCACCCUUCACCUGGUCCUCCGCCUCAGAGGUGGCAUGCAGAUCUUCGUGAAGACCCUGACCGGCAAGACCAUCACCCUGGAGGUGGAGCCCAGUGACACCAUCGAAAACGUCAAGGCCAAGAUCCAGGAUAAGGAGGGCAUCCCCCCCGACCAGCAGCGACUCAUCUUUGCAGGCAAGCAGCUGGAAGAUGGCCGCACUCUUUCUGAUUACAACAUCCAGAAAGAGUCCACCCUGCACCUGGUCCUCCGCCUCAGAGGUGGCAUGCAGAUCUUCGUGAAGACCCUGACCGGCAAGACCAUCACCCUGGAGGUGGAGCCCAGUGACACCAUCGAAAACGUCAAGGCCAAGAUCCAGGAUAAGGAGGGCAUCCCCCCCGACCAGCAGCGACUCAUCUUUGCAGGCAAGCAGCUGGAAGAUGGCCGCACUCUUUCUGAUUACAACAUCCAGAAAGAGUCCACCCUGCACCUGGUCCUCCGCCUCAGAGGUGGCAUGCAGAUCUUCGUGAAGACCCUGACCGGCAAGACCAUCACCCUGGAGGUGGAGCCCAGUGACACCAUCGAAAACGUCAAGGCCAAGAUCCAGGAUAAGGAGGGCAUCCCCCCCGACCAGCAGCGACUCAUCUUUGCAGGCAAGCAGCUGGAAGAUGGCCGCACUCUUUCUGAUUACAACAUCCAGAAAGAGUCCACCCUUCACCUGGUCCUCCGCCUCAGAGGUGGCAUGCAGAUCUUCGUGAAGACCCUGACCGGCAAGACCAUCACCCUGGAGGUGGAGCCCAGUGACACCAUCGAAAACGUCAAGGCCAAGAUCCAGGAUAAGGAGGGCAUCCCCCCCGACCAGCAGCGACUCAUCUUUGCAGGCAAGCAGCUGGAAGAUGGCCGCACUCUUUCUGAUUACAACAUCCAGAAAGAGUCUACCCUGCACCUGGUCCUCCGCCUCAGGGGUGGCUAUUAAUUCUUCAGUCUGCAUUCCCAGUGGGCAAUGAUGGCAUUACUCUGCACUAUAGCCAUUUGCCCCAAUUUAAGUUUAGAAAUUACAAGUUUCAAUAAUAGCUGAACCUCUGUUAAAAAAUGUUAAUAAAGGUUUUGUUGCAUGGUAAGCAUA